AUGCCUCGCGAUCUGCUAGCCGAUAAGGCCUUGGAGUCCAUGCCCCGGCUGUCGAGAGCGCCAGCCGCCGCCAGCCCAGCUGAUGACGAGAAGAAAGCCAACGCCUACGGCACAAGUCUGGUCCUGGUAGAAGACCGUUUCAAGAACACGACCAAAAUCCAUCCGUUUUCCUCGCUACUCAGCGUCGACGACCUCGACGACUGCGAUUGGCUCGAGCAUGCCGCCUUCGACCCUGUCGAGGCAGCCUCACGGGAAAAGAUCGAGUACCGUCUCCGGACAUGCGGCGAACUGUGCACAGGACUCUUCUCCUCGGCCUACCCCACCACUGCAGGACCCCUAGGCAGCAUACAAAAGACACGCGCCUUCCCCUCUGUCGACUCCCGCGACUCAGACCGCAAACGCAUCCUGCUAGGCCACAUCAUUAGCACCAAGUCGUCCUCCAGCCUCGUCACAGACGACGCAAUGGACUACCCCAAGGACUACCGCACAAACUACCAGCUCACGCCCCCCACCGGCCACAACGAAGACGGCGACACCCUCUGCCUUCACUCGCUGUGCGUGCACCCGGACUUUGCCAGCCGGGGGCUCGGGCAGGUGCUGUUGAAGAGCUACGUCCAGCGGAUCAAGGACGCAGGCGUGGCCAAGCGUGUCGCCCUGCUCUGCAGAGAGCGCCUGAUUGGCUUCUACGAGAAAGCCGGCUUCACAAAGGUGGGGCCUAGCAACUGCCAGUACGGCGGCGGGAACUGGUUCGACAUGGUGAUUGAGUUCAAUAGCCACAAUCAGGAUUCCUAG